CGCCUGCGCAGUGGUGGGCCUGGAGGCUGUGGUGGUAGCCGCAAUGGAAGCGGCGGAACAGCAGAACGAGUUAGUGUCAGCCGAGGGCCGAAACCGGAAGGCGGUGCUGUGCCAGCGUUGCGGCUCGCGGGUGCUGCAGCCGGGGACCGCGCUCUUCUCCCGCCGACAGCUUUUCCUUCCCUCCCUGAGAAAGAAGCCAGCACUGGCAGAUGGCAGCAACCCUGAAGGCGAUCUCCUCCAGGAACACUGGCUGGUUGAUGACAUGUUCAUCUUUGAGAACGUGGGCUUCACCAAGGACGUGGGCAACAUCACGUUCCUGGUCUGCGCAGACUGUGAAAUCGGACCAAUUGGUUGGCAUUGUUUAGAUGACAAGAACAGUUUCUAUGUGGCCUUGGAACGGGUUUCCCAUGCGUGA